AUGCUGUCAGGCCACGUGGUGGAAGGUGUUGGAGCUGCUGGUGACUUGUCCUGCCUGGCGACCUCCUGCACCUCGCUCCAUCGGCGACCCACAUCGCAACGCCGGGACUCGAACCCGCGGCCCCCGGACCACGCCCAGCAGCGAGCACGGGACCUUGUACCUGUUCCUGUGCGAGCUGCAAGGUCCCUCGCGUGUGUAUAUAGCCGGCCCGCCUCCACGGGCGUCACACUGUCCUCAGUGAUCCUGCCCCUGCUGUUCGCCGCCGUGUCGGCCGGCUACCUGGGCGCCCCCGCCGUCGCCUCCUACGCCGCCGCCCCCGUGGCCUACGCCGCCCCCGCCGUGGCUGCCUACGCCGCCCCCGCCGCCGUGUCCUACGCCAACACCUACAAGGCUCCCCCUGCGCGCCUGGCCUACGCCGCCGCCCCCGUGGCUUACGCCGCCCCCGCUGCCUACGCCGCCCCCGCCGUGGCUGCCUACGCCGCCCCCGCCGUCAUCAAGUCGCCCCUCGCCUACGCCCUUCACUAA